UCACUCAGGCACCUUCCACCCCAACACACAAGUCACUCACCCACCACCCCACCCACAAGUCAGCCUUCAUUCUUAGAGCUCAGGCUGGUCACAACUUUUCUUAGUUCUUCAGCUUGUUCACUUGUCAUAUUGACAGUGAUCGUGGCUAGUACUAGGACAUAGUAUUUCCAGACGCACUCCACAUAUAAUUUAGAUUUCCGUAUUAUAUAUGUUUCUCUGGCAUUUUCGGCCGGUAAAAUGGAUUUAAGACAUACGGUGAAGGGAAAGACGAAGUUGGUUCUUUCAGCCAGGAGAAUGAAAAGGCGGCUACCACCAGAAUUUCAUGCUAACAGACGUAGAAGGAUUGAAGAACAAACCUUAUCGCUCGAAGCGCCUUCAUCUUCCCAGGCUGACAGUGUUUCAGCAGAUGCCAUUUCUGUAUCCACUGAGAACUUUCAACCCAGUGCAACGUCAACUCCUAAAGGAAAGAAGAGAAGACCACACAACAGAAAAGUACCAGUGCAUUUGAUGAAAUGGAGAUUACAGCAAAAGAAAUCUAAAGGAGAAGAAAAAUUUGGGCCAUCAACAUCUUCUUCCACCUUAGAGUCAAAUCUAAAAAAAGCGUCCUUGAUGGCACCUCUGAUUUUGCUACAAUUGUGCCACCAUUCCCCUCAAUUGGUCUACAACCAGCUUUGAACCAUGAGAUUGAUACCACCUCAACGCGAAAUAGUGGAGUUUCUUACGUGGAGAGUAACGUCUGUGAUACUUUCCUAACAAGAUAUGAUGAGUAUCCAGAUCUAAUAGUUGAGCCGGAUGGAAGACCACCCAAAGACGAUUUUAAUAUUAUUUCUGGCCGAUUUAUUGUGGACGGCAAACAUCUUGUGCAAGAAUUGAGAUCUUUGGACUACCAUAGAUACGAGUGUGAAAAAAGUGAUAAUGGUUAUAUGACACUGGUGUCUUCAACUUCAAAAUCAUCAGAAUGGACAAUGAAGUUCGUUGUAUGGACAGCUCCACGAACCAGCUGCCAUAAAUGCGUUUCAAGAAAUGGAAGAAAUUCAAGUUCAGCCUUGCGGUUUGUUUGUUGACAAAGAACAUGACUUCUUGGCGGCUUCACCUGACGGACUGGUCGGAGGUGAUAACUGAUUGAGGUGAAAUGUCCGAAGUCUGCUGAAAACCUCACUAUCAGCGAAGCCGUGAUCAAAGUGAAAUCAUUCUGCUUGGGAAAACUACGUUGUGGAAACGUCCGUCUCAAGAAAAACCACAAUUAUUAUUACCAGGUAAAUUCAUAGGUGAUUUUUGAUAUAUCUAAGUAUGUACAACUUUUCUUAUCAUAAGCUAUUACAUCAUUGUAUAAAAAUCGAAUUUAUACGAUUUCCAACUUGAUUAACCUGUAUAUUUGCAGUUAUUGAACGAAAGCUAUAACAUGAUUUGACGACAUUUAUUGAGGAUAUAACCAAUACCUACUAAAUAGAAAGCUAUUACUAAGUAAUAGCGGGUAUUGAAUCAGGGUAACAUUGGAAUUAUUGUGUAAGAAAAAAUGUGUGGUUACAUCACCAAACCAGUUGAUGGGUGUCUGUAUUUUGCGAGUAAUCAUACAGAAUGUCUGUCGUUUAUGUGUCAACACGUGAGUUCAGCUGUCUGUCUUGAAUUUUGAUUCUGACUUAUUCCAUAAUAUAUAAAGUAUUCAUAAAGUUCUAUACAUUCACAAACACAUGAUGAGUAAUAUUAUUAUACAAAUCGCGGAUUUCAAAAUUAGUACAAUACUUCCUAGGUGAGUUUUACAGCUCGGGAGGUUCACUACAGUCAUGUGAAGGAAAGAAAGACAUUAGAGGUGUAGGUGGUGAUAGACAAAGGAUGAGCGGGUGUGAAAUGGGUAGGUGGUGACAACUAUUGAGGGUUGAAUUUGCAAUGAUAAUGGAAACGGAAAGAAGUUAGGACGAAGGACAAUGCUAUAGUAGGACAAUGUUGACAGAAGAGGGCUCACCUUCAUUGUUUUGAUGUUUCAAAACUACACUCAAGUUCAUACUACAGCUAUUCAUUUGUUUUAUUUUUGUCAUUGCACAAUAAUCGUAAAAUUGUUGAUUGAACCAUUACGCAAAGAAAUAUAUUUUGUGAAUUGCAAACUUUGUCAAUCACUCCCACAACAAUAACCAUGAUAAUGGUCACUGACUAUAGAUCCGAA